UCUACGGGCAGGCCUCGCGGAAUGGCCACGGGAUAGCAGGAAGAGGCAAGUACCGACAACCCCGAUGUCAAUCUCGUCCAGUCAUGACGGAUUUUGUGCAUAAAAGGGUUUCCCCGGUACCUCGGGCCCUUGCCAGUAGUACGCAAAGCCGUGGUCAGAGAUGUCUCGGGAUCUGGUUGCAAAUCCAGAAAUGGAGAGAGGAGAGCGCACCGCCACAAGGCCGCGUCUCACUAAGCUGCAGAUGAGGUCAACAAUACGAGGUAAACUGUGGCCCCCCCUUCCUAAGCUUUUCUACUGGACCUGGCGAUCUUCAACAACCUCUGGAACCGUGCUUAAACCUGACGACAUGUAAAGUGCUCUCUACUCCUCCAUUGCUCCUCCCUUGCGAUUUCUGCGGCCCCAUCGGCCACACUUCUGCCCGCAGCCUGCAACGCGCUGUCCAAUGUCGCACACGCACACUCGCUCGUCCUCCUGCAGCAGCUGAGCCGCGAUGGGCCACCAAUCGAGACCAUGGUCGCUGCGGGCAGCGGCGGGAUUUGCCGGCGCCUGCUGCCUCGCCGCAGUCCCAGCCGUCGCGGCGGCGGCGGAAUGGCCGGACGGGCCUCUGACGACGUCCGGGCGGUGGAUCACCGAUGCGUCCGGCUCGGUGGUGCAGCUCGCCGGCGUCAACUGGCCUGCGCACACGGCCGCCAUGAUCCCGGAGGGCCUGCAAUACCAAUCCGUCGCCUCGAUUGUCGGGCGCAUCAAGCAGGCCGGCUUCAAUGUCGUCCGGCUGACCUAUGCCACCGAAAUGGUCGACCAGAUCUACGCCGGAAGCCAGCAGCAGCCCGGCCCGGACGUGAGCCUCCGCUCGGCCGUGGACGCCGUGUUCGGCUCCGGCGACGGGGCGGCUCUGCUCAAUGACAUCCUGUCGCACAACCCGUCCUUCAGCGCCGACACGCCGCGGCUCAGCCUGUUCGACGCGAUUGCUGCCGAGUGUGGCCGCCAGCAGAUCUAUGUCCACCUCGACAACCACGUCUCCAAGGCCGGAUGGUGCUGCACGCCGCUGGACGGCAACUCAUGGUGGGGAGACACCUACUUCGACGCGGGCAACUGGACCCGCGGGCUGUCGUACAUGGCAGACCAUGGCAAAUCCUGGCCAAACCUCGUCUCCAUGUCCCUCCGCAACGAGCUCCGCCCGCCGCUCAACAAUCUCAGCCUCACCGGCACCUCGUACAACUGGGCAACGUGGUACGCCCAGAUGCAGCGCGGCGCCAGCGCCAUCCACGCCGCCAACAGCAACCUGCUCGUCUACCUCUCGGGCCUGGACGGGGACACCACCCUCGGCCCCGUCAUCCAGUCCACGCCCCUGUCCCCCUCGAGCACAAUCUUCUCCCGCGCCGACUUUGCCCCCGGGUUCGAGGACAAGCUGGUCCUCGAGCUGCACGUGUACUGGAACAUCGCGGGCUCCGUCGGCGGCGGCAGCGGGGGCAGCAUCUCCUCUCUCGCCACGAGCUGCGACCCGCUCAACUCGUAUCUCGACAAGGCCGGCUUCAGCAGCCUGACCAACACCACCGCCACGCAGUACCCAGUCAUCCUGACAGAGUUCGGCUUCGACCAGUCCUCGGCCUCCAGCGUCGCCUCGCUGCUCCAGACAGGCGGCGGCGGCUACGCGCCCUGCCUGUUCUCGUACCUCCGCGAGAGGCAGGUCCCCGGGUGGAUGCUCUGGCCCAUGGCGGGCAGCUACUACGUCCGCGAGGGCGAACGCGACGCCGACGAGCCCUGGGGCCUGCUCACCCACGACUGGUCGGCCUGGCGCGCGGCCCAGUUCGUCUCCCAGGUCGUCGAGCCGGCGGCGAACUACACCCUCGGCCUGGGCGGCGGGCAGGCACCAUCACCCCCUGCGUCUUCGCCACCGUCAUCUGCUGGUGGUGGCAGUGGCGAUGGUGGGGGCGGCGAGUCUUGGGCUUCUGGCAUAAAGGAGAGGCUGGAUAUGGUCAAGGUACUUGGCGUUACGGCGGCGGCAGUGUUUUGGGCGGGCUCAAGAUUCUACCUCGCGUAA